GAAGAAGUAACCCGGAAGUUGUUGUUUCAGGGUGCUCGGUUGUGUACCGUCGGGUUUGAAACAUGGCGGAUUUGCAGCACUUUUUUACUGAGCGCCUGUAAAUUACACAUUUAUUUAGAGUUGGGAUUGAUUUCAGAUUUAAUCUCCGGAGAGAGGGGUUUAAUCCCGCUGUGUUUUUCUGAGACUGAGGGAACGGUGAAGGUGUGUGUUGGCCAUCAUGGGGCGUCGAUCUACUUCGUCCACCAAGAGUGGAAAAUUCAUGAACCCUACUGACCAGGCCCGUAAGGAGGCCAGGAAGAGGGAGCUCAAGAAGAACAAGAAGCAGAGGAUGAUGGUGAGAGCUGCUGUUCUGAAGAUGAAGGACCCCAGACAGAUCAUCAAAGACAUGGAGAAACUGGAUGAGAUGGAGUUUAACCCAGUACAGCAGCCCCUGUUAAACGACAAAGUGCUGCGUGAUAAGAGGAAGAAGCUGCGCGAGACCUUCGAGCGAAUCGUGCGUCUGUACGAGAGAGAAAACCCCGAGACGUAUAAAGAACUGCGUAAGCUGGAGCUCGAGUACGAGACCAAACGAGGACAGCUGUCCCUGUACUUCGACUCCGUCAAGAAUGCAGAGUCUGUGGAGGUGGACAGUAUUCCUCUUCCUGACAUGCCUCAUGCACCUUCUAGUGUCCUCAUUCAGGACAUCCCACUUCCAGGAGCACAGCCACCAUCCAUCCUGAAAAAGACCUCCACCUUUGGUAAAGGGACCACGGUGACAUCUGCAGCAGUUCCUGGGGUUCCCCGGUUACCACCUGGACGCAAACCGCCUGGACCUCCACCUGGGCCUCCACCUCCUCAAAUACUUCUGCUCUAUAAACCAGAUGCAGGAGGUGAGGCUGACGCAGACAUGGUCGAUCGAGACAGCGAUAGCCUCUCAGAGGGAGGAGAGGACGAGAGUGAAUCGGACGACCAGAGCGACGGAGAGGGGGAUGAACCGCUGGAGAGGAGGGGCACCGGAAGCCGACAUGAUGAACGAGAGCGGGAUGAGGAGAGGGAAAGAGGUCGCAUUGUCCGUUUUGCUGAUAUCCCACAGCCGGCAAAGAAGCGGAAGAAGAGGGUUGUGAAGAAAACAAAGGCUAUUACACCUUUACAGGCCAUGAUGUUGAGGAUGGCAGGUCAGUCUGUUCCAGAGGAAGAGGAGGAGGUUGAAGAGGAGGAGUACACGGACUCCGAUCAGUCUGACAGCGAAGCCUUGGAACCCCCUGGCGACAACCAAUCAGUUCUGUCAAUGAACAGACUCCCCCCACCAUCAGCCCCAAUGGGAGCGCCGCCACCACAACAGCAGCCACCACCCCACCUGCAGCCUCCACCAAUCUCAGGCCCUCCUCCUUUAGGACCUCCUCCUGCUCCUCCAAUGAGGCCUCCAGGUCCACCCUCAGGUCCACCUCCUGGACCUCCACCAGGUGCCCCACCAUUCCUCAGACCCCCGAAUUUACCUGGUGCCCUGAGGGGGCCAAUGCCUCGUAUGUUGCCCCCUGGUCCCCCUCCUGGACGACCUCCAGGCCCACCCCCCGGCCCACCACCAGGUCUUCCUCCAGGUCCCCCUCCAAGGGGACCGCCUCCCAGGCUGCCUCCACCUGCACCACCAGGAAUGCCUCCUCCUCCUCCUCGUGCUGGGCCUCCACGUAUGGCUCCACCCCUCUCCAUGUUCCCACCCCCUUUGAACCCCAAUGUCCUGAGUGCACCUCCCAGCAUCGUUCCUCGUCAGAAACCACCAGCUUCUUCUGCUGCAUCUGCCCCUGGCAACGAACCCUCAAUCUUAGCUCCGCCUUCCCUCUCCCUCUCCAUCCGCCCGUCUUCUCUACAGAUGCCCCCUCCUCCGGGUACUGUUCCUACCCCUGUCAACCCCCCGACCCAUACCAUAGAGAAGCGUGCAAACAUCACGAGCGUCCCCGGCGCUGCGGGCCAAUCAGGCGCUGCCACUAUCUCUGCAAAACCGCAGAUCAUCAACCCCAAAGCGGAAGUGACACGGUUCGUACCCACGGCCUUGCGUGUGCGGCGAGACCGAGUUACCCCACAGGGGGCCGUGAGUGCAGAGAAAGCAGGAAGGAUGGAAAACGAGAGAAUGGGGCACGGCCUGAAACCCAUGCUCUCAGUAAACCCUGCCCAGCCUAGCUCCAACUCUGCCCCUAGCAACAUGAAGACAAAAGACCAGGUGUAUGAGGCUUUCAUGAGAGAGAUGGAGGGAUUACUGUAAAACAGUGGGGGCGGGGCUAGGAUAGGUAGAAGAUAAUUGGUCAGAAAUGUGAGGAUAAAGUUUGCAUCGUAUAUAUCUAUGCUAGCGUCCAUAAAUUACACCAUGUUCCUGGAAUCAGCAGUGCGACUGGGUCCUAUCGUGAGUUAACCCCAACAUUUUUAUAUUGAGCUAUGUUUAGAUGUUUAGUGUCUGAUUUGGAGAUGGGAUUAUGUAAUGAUGUGUUUCUGAACUUAAAAAUAAACACCAAAACCUUCUCA